CACCAACUCGCUGCGACUCUGAACGCACCGCACAUACAAACUAAAUCGGGAGGACCGCUGCUCGUUUCACCCGUGGAUACUAUUACACAACUGCCGUCGUCUCCAAAUCCUGCCCGUGGGAUACUCUGGCUUCAUCCUCUCUGCUGUGCAGUUUUAUCACCUCCUUUUAUAUCACCCUCCUUUUUCCCCCCUUUGCCAUCUUUCUCCCCUCUCCUCAUCUUUGAGCAUCUUCUCCUGCUCGCAAGUCUUCUCGCUUGCGUCGCUAACUUUUUUCCUCCAUCCCACACAGCCUCCUCAUCGCCCACCAACCCCUCGGCAGUGCCCCGACUAGAUCUCUUUUCCUCCUUCUCGCAGUCUCGCUUGGAUCGGGCGGAACCUAUUUGGCCGGUCUACACGGGGCACUGCUACAUGGGGCGCACGGUCUCGCUCGGAAAAUGUUCUGCUGUAGGUCUCUAGGCGCCCCGCUGAACCUGUUGGGAUUGGAGUUGUCGGUGCGCGUCUGUGUCUCUUUCCCACCUCGCUUGUGCGGUCGGGGCCAGUGAGAGAUGGGUCUGUCCGUGGCGGCUCAGGCACCUCUCGAGGAGCCCCGACGACUGCGCCGGUGGAGCGGGACAGCGGGGGGCUGGCUCAGGAUCACACUCGUCUCGUUUCUCGCCACUUUACCUGUGGAGCAGCUGCGCGCCUUCCCUUCCUCCCUCAGCGACUGCCAGACGCCGACCGGCUGGAACUGCUCCGGUUCUGAUGACCGGGACACAGACCUGUUCUUGUGCGACACCAACACAUGCAAGUUUGAUGGGGAAUGUCUAAGAAUUGGGAACAUGGUGACAUGCAUUUGCGAUUUCAAGUGCAACAAUGACUAUGUCCCUGUGUGUGGCUCCAACAAUAAGAACUACCAGAACGAGUGCUUCCUGCGCAGGGAUGCCUGCAAGCAGCAGUCUGAAGUGCUUAUUGUGUCAGAAGGCGACUGUCCUGCUGAUGCUGGCUCAGGAUCAGGAGACGAUGGAGGAGAGGGCUCAGCGGAGACUGGGCUGAAGGAGACGUCCACCUGUGACAUUUGCCAGUUUGGGGCAGAGUGCGAUGUGGACGCAGAAGAUGUAUGGUGUGUCUGCAACAUCGACUGUUCCCACAUCAGCUUCAACCCAGUGUGCGCCUCAGAUGGUCGUUCCUAUGACAACCCCUGCCAGGUGAAGGAGGCGUCCUGUCAGAAGCAGGAGCGCAUCGAGGUCAAGUACCUGGGCCACUGCCACGAUGACAUAAUUGGGAACACAGGCGGAGAUGGACACUUCGCACGGACCGACCCCACGGGGGAGAAAGAGGAGACCAGGAAUGGACUGGCCCGCGGUCUGUCCAUCCCCUGUCCAGAUCGCUAUAAAAACUACUGCGUCCAUGGAGAGUGUCAGUUCCCCAGCAACCUGGCUCAGCCUUCCUGCAGCUGUCACUCGGGUUUUAGGGGCCCUCAUUGUGACAUCAAGGAGUACAACGUCCUCUAUGUGGUGCCAGGCUCCGGCAAACUGCACUAUGUCCUCAUCGCCUCUAUCAUCGGAGCACUCCAGGUGGUCAUCAUCUGUGUGGUGGUGCUCUGCAUUACCAGGAAGUGCCCACGGACCAACAGGAUCAACCGGCAGAAGCAGAACAAUGUCCACUUCAGUUCAGAGAAUACCAUGCGCGCCUCCACCCGACUGAUCUGAGCCCAGACACACCAGACAGAGUCCCCCCUCCACGUUACGGAGCGCUGUGGCGUUAGAUGUUUCUUCCCCGCCCCCCAGUAGGCCAACCCUGAAAAUUAGCAUCUGCUUCCCAUCACUCUUCGCCCUCUCUCCCAGUAUGAACUCAAAGAAUGUCCAUGGAGGAUGGUGGCAAAGCAAAGACAGAGCUGGCACACAAGUGGGUGAUGAUGAUUACACAUUGGAGAAAUGCUGCCAUCAGUUGCCGCAGCCGCCAGCCCCCCCAAGUUGCCCAUGUGUCUCCUUGCACCUUUUUCUGAAGGUUUUUUCUGAAAAAAAACAAAAAACACGAACUAUGAGGACUCGGGAGGGGGGGUCCGGAGGAUACUGAAUGUGUGUGUGUGUGUGAAUGUGUAUUAGAUGUGUGCACUUUGGUAGAGGCGGGCUAGCCGGUGUCUGUUCUUUGUAGAUGAGGGGUACAAAGCAAAUCGGGGUAGUGCAAAGCAGGGUAUCGGGCUUUAAAUGAGGUGUGUGUUCAGCCUGGGAGGGGGGUGGGGGGUUUUUGGGGCUACACGUGAUGCCUUGCACCUUGUGUUAUAGGAGACCUUUGACAGAGGGCACAAUGUUAUUAUAGAGCUCUCUGUUCGGUUGUGACGAUGACGUCAGCUACUGUAUCUUGGGUUCUAUUUCCAAUAGUUAUUACUACGUUGUCUUGAUGGGGUAAUUUUUCUGUAAAUGUAAAUAAAUAAUUUAUA